UGCGUCUAUGAGUGAACUCUAUUUAAAGACAAUUUACUGCUUCCGUCUGCAAAAGCAGAUCUAUAUGUGUUGGUUAGUAUACGUCUCUGGCUAACGUCAAAGAAGGUUUGAAAAUGAAUUGUUCAUUUAAGAAUUGUAAUAUUGGUUCACUGGCUGAAUCUGAGGGAAGAGUUGAGGUAAAAACUGUCCUACCAAAGAAGAGAUCUGUUGAAUCAAAACUUUGUAUAAAUUGGAGAAAGGAUGGAGAGGCAAAAUUUCAUCAAGAUUGUUGGAAUGAUGUUAUGAAGAUGUCACGUUCUCGAACAAAGAAAAAGGAUACACCCAAUAUGUCACAGCAGGAAAAGGUUCUAGUGAAGGAGGCUGCAAAAUCUUUCGAGCAAUUCGAUUCCUUUCAACAUGUAUGCCGUGAAGCGAAGAGAGUUGCUAAAAUGAUAACUUCAAGCAAACACUGCGUUGCUUUUACAGGUGCUGGGAUUUCUACAUCAGCUGGUAUUGGUGACUACAGAGGGAAAAGUGGAAAGUGGACAGAGAUGGAUCAAAAUCUACUAGAUGUUGAUUCACUGUUUGACACAGACGAACCACUAACAAAGAAAAGGAAAACCAAAACCGAGGCUCCAAUUAAUCAAGAACCAGAGGCUGAAGAGGAGAGUGAGGAGGAGGAUGGCGUUCCCUAUGAGUCAUUGAGACCAACCUAUACACAUGAAGCUCUGUAUAAGCUCCUACAGGAUGGACACCUGAAGUAUAUCAUCAGCCAGAAUGGGGAUGGACUUCACGGUUUGUCAGGAGUGCCACAAGAGGCUAUCUCGGAGCUUCAUGGCAACGUCUUUAUUGAAAAGUGUACAUUAUGUGGGAAAAGAUAUGAGAGGGAUUUCUAUGUGAUGGAUGACAUUAGCAGUCAAUACUUUGAGGAGCUAGAAGAUUUUGGCAAAACUGACAUACGCAAACCCAAGCAUGCUGUGAAGUGUGAGAGGUGUGAGCUUUGUCAUCGAACAGGCAGGAAAUGUGAAAAGAAGGGUUGUCGAGGACCCCUAGAAGACUCCAUCAUAAAUUUCGGUGACUUACUAGAGGAUGAGAUAAAUGACCGGGGAGGUGACCAUGCCAGUCAGUGUGACCUCAUGCUGUGUCUUGGUACUACACUCAGGGUCACUCCAGCCAGUGACCUUGUGGAGCUUGGAAAACAUCCCCUCAAACUGGUCAUCUGUAACAGACAGGAAACUUACAUGGACAGUACUUGUACAAAGAAAGCCAAGGAUGGUCAACAGCUAGGAUCCAGGGUGUUCGGGGACUGUGAUGUCUUUUUCCGUGAAAUAAUGAAACACAUCCUGGAUCCAGAGGAACUGAAGGAAUGGGAAGAUGGUAGAGCAAACCGAAUGAAAAACUAUGACAAACAUCGCUCAUAAUCUAAUACAUGUAUAAGUUGCUCAUAAACUAAUACAUGUAUAAGUUGUAACUGGAAAAUUUCGAUAUUUCUUGUAGUACUUAUUGUAAUCUAAAAGUUUUACAAGUCUUGAAUUGGAUGUCUAAUUUAUCAUGAAUUUUAAGUCAGAAAGUUAUGUUAUAUUUUUUAUGUACCAGGACAAUACAAGAAGCUGAAAAUAACAUCCUUGCCUUCAACUCCAGUGUUAUUUCUUUCUUCAUGUGAUAGUUUAUAACCAUGUUGGAUAUGUAUUAAUAAUUAGAGCCAUGUUAUUUGCUGGUCACAAUCAUAUAAAAAAAAGUUUUGUGCUGAAUAUGAAUCGAUCGUGAGAAAUUGUUGUAAAGCCUGCAAUUAUUAAAAAAAAUAUACUUGCUGCACUAUUUAUAUUCUUUUUCAGUUAAUGUAACGGUAACAUGAAACAUACAAUUGUUUAUGAUGAUAUUGACUGAAAUGUCAUAGUAAAGAAAAUUCUGUCGUUCUUAGGAAGGAUGGAGCUAGUUUGUUCCUCAAUUUUCACUCAAAUUUCCAUUAUUUAAUCAUGUGAUAUUGUUGUUACACGUUUGCUUUCUAUGUCAUGAUUUAUAUGUUUAUCUGAAUAUAUUAACACCUUUCUUUUUGUGAAAGUCUUACUAUGAAUAUUUAUAUAUAUAUAUAACUAGUUUUUUCUUUGGUAUUAUUUUUAUGUGCACUAAGAAUAUAACUCUUGAUAAGCUUAUAAGAAAAGCAUAUGGACACAAAAAUUCAGGUACUGUUAAAAAAACUGUAUGUUUUAUCUGUGAUAUAAGAAUUUGUGAUUCAGGGUUAAUAUGCAAUUAUUGAAAAUAUGAUUAUGUGACUGUGGAGAGGAUUAGGGGUACCUCAGUUUAGCAGAACAUGUUAACAUAUAUUAUUAUACAUGUACCUGUGAUUUGCGAUGAACGUACGUAUAUGUCUAAAGAAAUUUUGAAUUUUGUAUGCCAGUGUUUAUACUUCUUCAUUUUGAAACUUUAUACAACUCAAAUAUGAGAUUACAGGGUAAACAUUUCUUAAUGCCCAAACAUUUGUAUUAUAAAUAUACUGUACAGUGUAUAGUGCUACAGUUUUACAUAUCAUGUUUGUUUAGAUCUCUAAUUUUUUGGGAAAACAAAUACAUAUCUUAAUACGUUAUUAUCUGUUACAUUUAUUAUCACUUUAUAAAAUAUACAUGUAUAUUCAUUAAUAUUCUACAAAAAAAGAAAGAUAUUUGGAAACUAAUUUCCUGCUCCUCAGAAUGUUGCCACUUCAUGUUAUUUACUCAAGUUUCAUAUUUUGUAUUAAUUUUGUUUCUGUGUUGAAAUAAAGAUUGUUUAACAGUUAUUUUUCUUUGUUGG